AUGGAGUCCAAGGACACCUUCCCCAUUCCCCUGCCUCAGUUGCUGCGUCACCGCAACCCCAUCCCUGACGUUCCCGAGGAUGUCGACUAUGUCAUGCAACACUUGAACGACCCCAACUGGGAUAUGAACCAGGUGUCGCCCACCGCCAGUGUUACGUCCUUCCCGAUGGAGCACAAGGGGACCAGGACGAUGUCGAGCGGGCACUCGAUCCACAGCACUGAGCUAGACUCCGAGUCGCAAGUCGGCUCGACUUACAAGACGGGAGUAUCGUCGCGGGCACGUCUGCAGGAGGCAGAUAUCGAGGACUUCAACGACGAGUCGCCGUACGCCGAGGUGCGCGCCGCAGUGUCAAAUAUCGAUGACCCCACGAUGCCUGUAAAUACUUUCCGAAUGUGGUUCCUGGGAAUCAUUCUUACGAUUCUCAUGGCUGGGAUCAACCAUUUCUUUGACGAACGAUACCCCUCAGUUGCCAUUAGUUCCCUCGUCGUCCAACUCGUCGCUCUUCCGCUGGGGAAAGGUCUUGCAUGGCUGCUCCCCACGACGCGCUUCAACACCUUCGGCUAUGUCUGGUCCCUCAACCCGGGGCCGUUCAACAUCAAGGAGCACACCGUCAUCACCAUCAUGGCCAGUGCAGUCUACAGCGACGUCUACGUCACGACUGUCUUCGCGACGCAGAAGGCCUUUUACAACCAGAGCAUCAGCUUCGGAUACCAGAUCCUCCUCGCGCUCUCGACGCAGUGCCUCGGCUACUCCUUUGCGGGCGUCGCGCGCCGCUUCCUCGUCUGGCCCUCGAGCAUGAUCUGGCCCGGUGCGCUCGUGUCGUGCGCGCUGCUCAACACCCUCCACAAGAACUGGGGCAGGAGGGAGAAGCGCCACAUCAGCCGUGAGCGCUUCUUCCUCUACGUCCUUGUCGCGGGCACCUUGUGGUACUUCCUCCCGGGCUACCUGUUCACCGCGCUCAGCGUGUUCAACUGGGUCUGCUGGAUCGCGCCCGAGAACCCGACGGUCAAUGCUCUCUUCGGAUACUCGACGGGUCUCGGAAUGGGCUUCCUGACCUUCGAUUGGUCGAUGGUCUCUUGGAUUGGCAGUCCUUUGGUCACUCCCUGGUGGGCUGAGGCGAAUAUCGCGGUGGCGUUCGUCCUCUUCUUCUGGAUCGUCACGCCGGCUGUCUUCUUCACCAACGGCUUUUUCUCGCAGUACAUGCCGAUAUCGUCCUCCGGCUCGUACGACCGCACUGGAGCCGCUUACAACGUCUCCGCCAUCAUCACGAACGGGCUCUUCGACGAGGAGAAGUACAAGGCAUACUCGCCGAUGUUUAUCCCGGCGACAUUUGCCAUCUCGUACGGCGUGCAGUUCGCGGCCAUCACCUCGGUGAUCGUGCACACGUUCGUGUGGUACAGGCAUGACAUCGUCCGCCAGUUCAGUCGUGCGCUCAAGGACGAGCGCGACGUGCAUGCUCGCCUGAUGCUAGCGUACCCUGAAGUCCCCUGGUACUGGUACGCGGCAAUUGGUAUCAUCUCCUUCGUGCUAGGCGUCAUCGGCAUCGAAACGUUCCCGACCCAGCUCCCCAUAUGGUGCCUCGUAGUGUCCAUCGUCAUCGCCGCCCUGCUCAUCAUCCCUGUGGGCAUGAUUCGUGCUAUCACUAACCAGAUGAUCUCCAUCAACGUCAUCAUGGAGGUCCUUGUCGGCUACAUGCUCCCGGGCAAGCCCGUCGCGAUGAUGCUCUUCAAGUCGUAUGGCUUCAUCACCGUCUCGCAGGCACUCACGCUCGCGAGCGACAUGAAGAUCGCGCACUACAUGAAGGUCCCGCCGCGUAUCACGUUCGUCGCCCAGACCCUCGCCACGAUCAUCCUCUGCUUCGUCUGCGUCGGCAUCCAGAUCUGGCAAUUCGCCAACAUCCCGGACUUCUGCCAGCCGGACCAGAAGGACUACUUCACCUGCCAGGAUGUCAGCGUGUUCGCGACCGCGUCGAUCAUCUGGGGAGGCAUCGGCCCGCAGCGCCUCUUCUCACCCGGCCAGCUCUACAGCCCCCUCCUCUGGUUCUUCCUCGUCGGCGCGCUCUCGCCCAUCCCCUUCUACAUCCUCGCCCGCCGCUACCCGCACUCCCUCUGGAGGUACGUCAACAUGCCGAUCUUCUUCGCGGGCCUCGGCCAGAUGCCGCCUGCGUCGGGCAUCAACUACUCCGCCUGGGUCAUGGUCGGCGCGUUCUUCCAGUGGUUCAUGCGCCGCUUCCACUUCCGCUGGUGGAUGCGCUACAACUACAUCCUCUCCGCUGCGCUCGACUCGGGAGUCGCAGUCAGCCUUAUCAUCAUUUUCUUCGCCCUCGAGAUGCCGAAGGGCGGUAUCACCCUCAACUGGUGGGGGAACACCGUCUGGAUGAAUACCUUCGACUCGAUGGGCAUGCCUUUCAAGUUCCCGCCGAACGGCACCUUUGGGCCCGACACCUGGUCAUGA